UUUAACUCAAGUGUCAGAUCUGUUUCUUCAUCGUCUUUAUCGUCUACUUCAAGACUCAACUCUAAACUAAAGAAAACUGCAUCCUCUUCAAGUCUAAGCAAAAGAACAAAUGGUUAUCCAGUACCAAGUCGCAAUAUCCAAACGGUGGCAGCACAAAGAAAUAACAAAAUGCCACCUCCGAAACCAAUUGCUACUACAGUUGCCAGGCCAAGUAAAAAUUAAAACUCACCUCUUCUUGACACUUGUCUUUAAUUCUUAGCUUUGUAUGAGAAUGUUUAAAUAUGUACAAUUAAAUCAUAGGAAGCUUAAUUUCAGCAUCAGCUUUCUAAAAUUCCUUUUGGGACUCUCUUAACUCAUUUUUUUUUAACCCAGGGCCAAGGGUGCCCCACCCCCUUGCGUUGUGAAAGUAGGCAUUUUCAGGUGUGCAAGAAGACCACCUAGAAAAUCAGGGUUUUUUAACUUUUUUUUUUUUUUUUUUUGUGCGUUGGCGGAAAUGUUUUGAAAUCAGGAGGGGUUUUGGGAAUGUGCUGCGCUGCAGAAAAGUAAAGAACCCCUACCUUAGGCUAAUGUCAUGAAAAGGUGGAAUCUUUUUAGUAAAAUCUUUUCAUCUCUUAUUAGUGAGAGAUUAAUUUAUCUAAAAUGAGAGAAAAUCAUUGGUAUUCAACCUUCUUUGCUUUUGUGUAUGCCUGAUAUAUUAUUUAUUCAGAAUGUUAAGACCAUUUUUAGUUUAAAUAUUAGACUACUUAAACUUAAAGCUGAUGGACUUUUAACCUUUUGUAUAAUUUUUCAGAAGCACCCGUUUCCUCAACAGUUGCACCUGUAAAGAAUAACACAGCAAAUAGCACUCUUAAUUCUACCAUCACCAGCACAGGUAAAAAAUUAACAUUUUUUUGCUAUUUCUAUGAAUUAAUAAUUUGUCCAGUGAUAAUUUUUGUUCUUGUAUUGAUGAAAAGUUUUGUUCACUUUCAAAGUAACAUUCUUCUUUAAACUUUAGAAAAUAAAAUUAAUUACUAUGUAAACUUUUAAAAUACAAAGGCUUCGUUUAUCACAUGGCUCACUCUACUCUUAAUCGGAAAUCAGACUAGACGGGUUUUGGCAGAUAAUGCAUGAUUUUGGGAUGUUUUACAAUUGUAUGCAAAGACCUGUCAGAACUACGAUUUUUGGAGACCAAAUUGAAAAUGUAUACAUUCUGGUAGUUUUUAAAAUAACAUUUUUUUUUUUUUUAAAAGUAUAUUUUCGGUUGUUAGUUUUAACUUUUAUUUGCAUCCAUUUUAUUGAAUGGAUAGAGAAAUAUGAUUGGUUGGGAACCAUCUAUAAUUAUGUUAUAUUUCCUUCAGAGGGGAAUAGAAUGGUGUUGAUUUAGUAGAUUUUGUGUACGUGCAUAAUGAACUGGCUAGACACUGCAAAAAUAAUAUUAGAGUAGUCUUCCUAGUGACAAUGUUGGGAGGGAGGUGGUGUCGAUUUUUUAGAUUUUGCGUGCAUAUAGUUUGGUGGUCUCAGUAGAAAGUUAUGUACCAAUACGCUAUUUAAAAUUUCUAAAAUAUUCAUCCUGAAAGUCCAAAAAUUACAAAUUUAUAUCUGGAAUGCUGUAAAAAUAUCAGCAAUGUUUUGUAGCAAUUAUUGUCAUGAUGUUGCCAUGUAUUUUCACAAUUGAACUCGCUAGAUACACUCAGUAUAUAUAUACGCUAGUGCUUCUAACAUAUUUGUUUUGUAACAAUUACACUUGAAAAUAGUGAAUACAUAAACAAAAUUAAAUACCGUAUUUUCCGGCGUAUAAGACGACUUUCUAGACCCAAAUUAUAGUGCCAAAACUUGGGGGUCGUCUUAUACGCCAGAAAAUAUGGUAAAGGGUUGGGUAAAAAUAAGUAUAAUGCAUAUGUAGGUAACUAAGCACAAGCAAACUAGUAACUGCAUAGUUACUCAAGUGGUUUACUCUUUGCCCCUUGACCGAUAGCUGUCACAUUAAUUAAAAGUGGAAAGUUAAAUUUCGAAACGCCCCGAAUGGGCAGACCAGUAACGUGACUAUUAUUAGAGUCCAUUGUCUUUGUAAAGUUAGUGGGAUUUUGAUUUUAUAGUUUAAUUGACUAUUAGUGUCCUUUCUAAAGAGGAUUUUGGUGCCCCCUGAUUUUGGCGCUUAGCCCAAUUCUCAUGGCCUUGCUCGAGGGCAACUUGCAACCAGGGCGAUGUGGCGCAUACUCUAGGCGCCACUAGGUUUGCCGAACAGCCAGCUGUGAAAACCCCUGACAUAUAUAGUUUACUGUAAUUGUUUAAGAACUUUUUUCAUUUUUUUUUGGGGGGGGGGGGGGGGGGGGGUGUGGUUCAGCAAAAAAAGAAUGCCUGCAAUAGUGGGGAAGGUUCAAAAGUUUGCCUUAAUUUGCGCUUUUGCGUUUGUUUGCUUUGGUAUUGUAUUGUGGUGUAAUUUUGUGCAAAUUAUUUCUUGUGCAAUGAGUGCAGAAAGAGAGAAAAUUAGAGAAUGCAUUCUCAAUUAUUUUUUUAGCAGCUUUUCCCAAAAAAAUCUCCAGUUACUUAGUAGCUUUUUUUUUUUUUAAAUGACGCACUAAUUUGUUGAUUCAAAUCUUAUUUUAAUCAAUUUUAUGCAAAUCUGACUUGGAAUUUGAACCAAAUCAAAUUUCACCAGUAACUUUAUUUUUCCCAGUGACAAACUGUGAUAAUGUGAUAUGCUCGUACAUCUAAACUUCUAUAGCAGAUAAACUGCACACAAAAAAAGGGACCGCAGAUUACAAUAUAAACGUCUGUCAUCUGAUUUUGAAAGUUACCAUUUUUUGACAUCAGCUUAACGCCAUCCCACUAGUCACAUGAUGCGAGUAGGCAAUGUAUACAUUAUAUAUAUACUGUAUGUUUAAAUUGCUUUUAAGAUACCGUAUUGUAUGAUUUUAAGAGUAUAUUGUAAGAUUUUAGUAGUUCGAGGGUAAACAGGUCUGAUAGAAGAAGUUCUAUACACACUCUCAUUUAGCCGAUUUCAUAGGCAAGGAUCUAUAAUCCCAAAAUUAAUGAUAAGUCCCAUCAACUCAUUUCAACAAUUAUAAAGAUUGUAUUUUUCAAAUGACCCAUCUCAUCUGAUAAAAAAAAAGUUGUUCUGAUCUACAAUUAUUAUUUUUUGUAUUUUAGGUCUUCCUAAAAAACGUCCUGGAUGGGAUUUAAAGGGUCGUCUCCAGGAUGUGGAAAUUCACUUUCAGAAAGAGUUAAAAAAUAGUUCUUUAGUACAGGUAUUGAUUUCUUCUCAUCAAGAUAUUUUCACUUAAAUUUUUACCUUUCAUAAAAAUAGUUUAAGACCGACUCCAAUUAUUAAUUUGACUUUUUCAUUAACUCGAAAGGUUUAAUAAAAAGAAAAUAUUUUAAGAUCGUUAAUAAUUUUUCUGAGUGUUCUCUUAAGUGAACUUCAUUAUUAAUAGUUCCAAGUGAAGUAAAUGAUCUAACCUUAGGGCUAUCGUUUAAGAGGGACUACAAAAUACUUAAAUGUAAUUCUAAUUACGAUAUGCUAUAACAUCUUAUGAUCAUCACUAAAUAGCUGGUUGAGUCUUGGCAAUAACAAGGUCUGAGUUAUAUCCAAUAGUAAAAACUACUGGUCUUAAUGAAAACACGUUUAUAAUUAUUUUUGUUUAUCUUCAUAUUGUUGCACCAGUUGCAACUUUCAGAGUGCAACAAUCGCAUAGCCCAGCUUGAGUCUAUAAACCAAAAGCUGAGUGGAGAUGUGGUAGAGAAACAGGUCGCUAGUGAGACGGCAGAGAAAGACAUCAACAAUCUCAGAAAUAAAUUGAUGUAAGUAAGAUAAAUCUUUCAGAUUUUUAUAUGUCCAAUCAUUGACUUGAGCUUUUUAGCCUUAGUUUAGUACCAAUGACCCAAUGAUUAAAUAAAUUAUUAUAUACAUUUUGUGGGGCAUCUAACAGAUGUUUUUGAUUCUGUUAAAGAAGUGUCUACCCUCACAGCAUAUGGAAACAAAAGUUAUUUGAGAUUCAGGCCAUUAAUUUUAAGUUUUUAAUUACCUCACGAAAAACUCACCUUAAGUAGUACCAAUGGUUUUUGAAUCCAUGCAAUAUGUUAUCUGCUAUAAUUCUGAUGAUUGUUGAACGUCCGAUAUCCAAAGUUUUCAGUUUGUUAUUACGUCUUUAUUUCAGUCAAACUGAGAGAGAAUUUGAGGCAACCAAAAGUAGAUUACAGCGACAGAUUGAGGAUCUUGAAUUUCAAAAAUCAAGCCUAGGCAGGCAAAAGAUAAGUUUGGAAGGAGAGCUUGAAGCAUCACUUAAAGAAAUUUCUGGCCUAAAAUUGACAGUGGCCGAGCUUACUGCUUCCCAAAGCACCAUAAAGGCAGAGCUGCACAACACUAAGGUAGUUAACUCUCUGUUAAUGAUGCUUGAGGUUUAAUUAUUCCAGAAGCAUAGGUUAGUGUAGUAAAGGUUUGCAAUGAAUUUGGCUUUAUCAUUACAAAAAAAAGAAACUAUACCCAAAAUAAAUAUUGGUUUAUACAAAAAGUAUUUAUAUCCUCUAAAUGUAUAGGGUUUUUUGUUGUUGUUAUUUUUGCAUUCAUGGGUUCAUGUUUCUUCUUGCUUAAGUUACUCAAGUCCCAAAAUAAUAUACACUUAUUCUACCAUGGACAUUACUUUUAGAUGCACAUUGGUGUGUAAUAUAAAUUGCAUUUCAACAUAAAUGGGGAUUUAAAAAGUAAAUAAAACUUACAAAUAUUAUCAUCAUGAUUAGAAUUUCUUUGUUCACUUUGAGAUAGAAGGUUCCUAUUUCUGUUUUCAGUCUUAAGAUAUUAUUUUUUUAUAGUUAUUUUUGUGACUUUGAGCUAUUUGCAGUUACCUAUUUAUUUUAAAUGCAAGUAGCACUGUUAAUUGAUGUAAAAAAAAAUAACAACAAAAAAUAAAAACCUACUAGUGUGCUUUCAUUUUUAAAAAUUGUGCUAAAUGUAAAUUGAAUCUUUGCUAUCAUGCAUUUAAGUUAAUUGGUGUCCAUUAAAUUGGGUCACAUUACAAUAUAUUAAUUUUUGUCCUAGGACAUAGGAAAUUGGUAAGCAUACCUAAUGAAAAAAAAACCAAAGUGUUAUUUAUAGAGAAACUAGUUUUGGCCCACCAAACAAUGCUGGUGGCAACACAUGAACUUGCCAUCUCCUAAAGUUACUUGACAAAACAUGCAUUCAAGUAACACACUUUAUAAGAAUCCCAUUUAUUUUUCUCUCUCUCUUCCCUCUCCACCCCCAGUAUUAUACAGCACACUUUUUUCUCGCCCCUGGAACUAAUAUUAAAUUAUGUUCUACAUACUUUUACACUCAUCUUUAUUACAUACGUAAAUUGAUACUAUUUCUGUAAAACACUGUCCUAUUUUAAGAAGCUCAUUUAUCAGGAAUUUAAUUUGUGUGCUAUUGAACUCAUCAUUACACCAUACAACCUAGAGAAUUAUAUAUAUCUAGAUAUGAAUGGAUAUUACAUUUAUAAAUUUUAUGUGUGUUAAAUGCUUUGUAUGAUAGUACAGAAUAACCAAUUUAUACAAGUAGCCAUAAAAGUUAUUUAAAUUUGGCUUUGGGAUUCCAGUUUCUUGAUUCUACUUGCACUAUGAAAGAAAAUAAAAGCAAAUGAAAAUAUGAAAUUAUUGCUACAAUGCCACGGAUUCAUUAUAACCAAAUUUGUGUUACCACGGGAUUCCAAUAAAAUUAGUAAAUCCUAUUUCUUAAACCUGCAAACGGCCUUGGUACUUGUAAAUUCUUAGUGCCGAUGGUCUUAAAUUUGUUACGUAAUUGUUUUAUUCAUAUCUUACAGCAUAAUUUAGAGAUUGCCCUAAGAGAUCUUGCUGAAAAGACUGAAACUCUUGUGACAAGGGAGGCCGCUAUUGAAGUAUUCAAACAGAAAGAACGGCUUCAUGAAACGGAGAGGAGGAAGCUUCACAAUACCAUACAAGAGCUUAAGGUCAUCCUAACUUCUUAAUACACUCGCCGCAUGCUCAAUAGUAUAAACUUUUUUUCUUUUUUUUUUUAAUGUUUCAAACCAAUAUGAUUAAUUUUGUUUGAUAAAUGGGGGGGGGGGGGGUGCAAUCUUUUAAAAAAGAACAAACCGUAAAAAGAAAAAAAAUUAAAAAACUUUUUUUUUUUUUAAUUUUUCAAACCAAUAAUAUUAAUUUUGUUUGAUAAAGAGGGGGGGGGGGCUGCAAUCUGUUAAAACAGAACAAACCGUAAAAACGAAAAUAAUAUAAAAACUUUGGUUAUUUGAAUUUUUAUAUUCAGACCUGCCAACACUUCCGAUUUUGUAGGAAUUAUACAGAUAAAUUAUCCCUCAUUCUGACCUUCUGACAAACCCCUUUAAAUUCCGAUUUUUCGAACUACAAGAUAGUGUGGGCAUUUGCACGAAAAAGAAAUAUGUUCAAUUAUAAAAAAGAAACACUAGAACCAUAUAUAAUGAACAAUUGGUUAAAAAGUGACGAUGUUUUUUUAUAAAGCGUGGCAUGUCCGCCGGAUGAAUAUCUCCUGCACUAUUUGUUCGGUCGUCUUACGUGUAGACACUAACUUGAACCGCGAUCUCCAAAUCUUUCUUCAUCAAUUGAUCCGAUCGCGAUUCAUCCUUUUUACAAGGCUAAAAAAUAAUCCGACUUUUUUGUUUUUUUUUGUUGUUUUUUUUUGUUAAAGCUUCUCUUAAUUAAAAUGGUUGAAUCUAUUGAAAGUGAUGGGUACAAUGAUAUUAAUAAAAAUUAAAAUGAAGGAAAUAUUUCUCUAGCCCUAGCCAAAUCCGAUUGUUUUUAAUGCCAGAGUCAAAUAAAUGUUAAUAAUGUUUCCAGACUUACAGAAUGCUAGAAGAUUGUAAAGAAAAUUGCAAUAAAACAAGGGCAAGCAUGAAAGUUUAUACUUUUUCUCACUUCUUUGUAACUAAAAUCAACUGCAAAGAGCUGUUGGACAAGUGCAAAACAGGCCACUAUCACUAGUGCACUAGGGCUUUUACUAGGCUUUUAGGGAUAUGCUGGAAUACUGAACUCUUACUAAGACUAAGAGUCUUAGCAGCCUGUGUGUGUGUACAUGUAAAUUAAAUGGAUCUUCUGUUCUGUACUGUAAAUAUCUGUAUAUCCAGUAAUGUUUACCUCAUGUUCUGUGGUGUUCUAUGGACCCUUCAAAGACAAUUUUAUAUUUCUUUAUUUACUUAAAAAGGGGUGUGGAUUUAUAUAUAGAUUUUAAACCAACCCCCCUCACGGGGGGGGGGGGCAGCUGCCCCACUUUCCCCCUGCGUGCAACCCUCCUACAGAUUUUUUUCCUUGGCAGGUUGACAUGUCUGUAUAUUGUAUUUACCGUUGUUUGUUCAUUCAAGUGGGAAUCUUGGCCAACAUGUUCAACAGGUUUCCCGUACUUUGUUUCACUUAUUUCGUAAUUAUUUCUUGCAAAUAAGAAUCAUUUUCUCAAAAUUGUACAGGCCAUUUUAAAGUAAGUACAACAUUCAUGUUGAUGCAAGUUUUGAAUGUUGUUUUCAGGGCAACAUUCGAGUUUUUUGCAGAGUUAGGCCCUUACUUGAAACGGAAAAGCAGAACCUUGUAAAUUUUAUGAACUUCCCGGAUGCUAAAACUAUUGAGCUGGAUAAACUAGAUGUUUCCAUCAAUGAAGUAAGUUACUCAAUCUUGUAAAGGAGCGAUAUUGCUAUUAAGCUUUUAACGGUAAUUCAGUUAUAGACUUGUCUUUUUUAAACUUAGCUGAUAAUUAUGCAAAAAUUUAACUUUUUAAAUUAAUUUGUUAAUUAGAAAUUUACGGUGAGACACUGUAACCUCAUAGUAAUCAACUUAAAGAAUGACCCAAACACAACUUAUGGUAUAAAGCUGAAGAAAACAUGGAAUUGUGUGUAUUUUAUUUAUUUUUUUUCUGUCCCUUCAGAGUAUGUUGAACUCGACAAGAAAUGGUAAAGCAUCAAACAGAUAUGAAUUUACCUUUGAUAGAGUUUUUCAACCAGAAAGCUUGCAGGCUGAGGUUUUUGAGGAGAUAUCACAAUUGGUCCAGGUGAGAGAUGUGAGAGAUAACACAUUAAGUUUGAAAAUAAAUGUCUGUAUACCAGUAUUGAGAUGGGUUGUUUUGUUGGGGGUUUUUUUGUAGCUUAACUGUUGGCUAUAGUUGCAGCUUAUAUCCUCCCCGUCUCCUAUUGCAGAGCGCUCUUGAUGGAUACAAUGUUUGUAUAUUUGCGUACGGCCAAACCGGUUCCGGCAAAACCUUCACUAUGGAAGGUUCCUUAAAUGAAGAGUCUAAACUUGGAAUGAUCCCAAGGACUGUGCAGCUCAUUUUCAAAUCUUGUGCAGACCUGGAGAUUAGGGGCUGGCAGGUAAAUUCAAUUUUUUAUUUACUUACUAUUACACUCGUUAGUGACCUCUUUUACUUUAAAUUUAAAGUUUUCCUUUAUUGAUUUUUGUACUUAUGAUAUUAUGUAGUUUUAAAAUAUCAUAUGGGGAUUUACUGAUCUCAUUCUUUGUUCAGGUCAAAAGAAUUUGAUUAUUUUUUUAUUAUUUUUUUUUAGUAUACCAUCCAUGCUUCAAUGGUGGAGAUCUAUAAUGAAAGCAUCAGGGAUCUCCUUGCUAAAGGGAAUGAAAAGCUGGAUAUCAAACUACAAGGAAAAGGGGAGACAGACGUCUUUAUUCCUAAACUGACCAUUGUAGAUGUCAGAUCAGAAGAUAAGGUAUCAGACUAUUUGACAUUUUAAUUUGUUAAUUAUAGCAAGGGGGUGACUUUCGAUAUAUGUCUUAGUCCAUGAACCAACACACGCAUAGUUAAGGAUGAUUUAAUUCUUUUAACAUGCCAACGCUAAGUGCUAAUCAAUCAUUAACAAUGAAAUGGAUGAUUUUAAUCCCCAAAAAUGCACACUUAUAGUGACUAUUUCAAGGGGAAUGAAAAUCAAAUAUGACAUUGUGCAAUAUCUACAUUAUGUCUGUAUUUUAAUUCUAAUUGGACCAUAAUCAGCUUGGCCCACAAAUCUAUCAAGGGAAUGGGAGGAUUGCUCUGAAAACAAUACUUUAGAAAGUAAUUUUUUGUUUUUAUUAUGUAUUUUUUUACUCCAGGUCCUCAGCUUGCUUCGGAAAGCUUCAGACAACAGGGCUGUGGCAGAGACCAAGUGCAAUGAGAGAUCAUCUAGAAGCCACUCUGUGUUUCAGCUGCGACUUGUUGGGAACAACAGUGUCACUGGAGAGUCAUGUAAAGGUGAGCACAUCAUGACAAAUAAUAAUAAAGGAUCAAGUAUUUUUAUUUUUGUUAUAUGAUAAUAAAAAAAGAAUUAAUUUAAAUUUUACACUUGAAAGUGCGGCUCAGAUUUUGUUUGUAAUUUAAAAUCACCAGUUACGGUCCCUUGUGCUGCUGAAACAUGUUAAUAUUUUAACUACUCAUUAUAACAUUAGCCAGGAACUUUGUACCACAUAAUUUUUUUGUGCCUAAUACUAGUAAAAUUUGACAGAAGGAAUGUGAACUGCAUUUUUCGCAGCUCACUGCUAAUUUGGGGAUACUUGAAAACCAUCAUUUAUAAAGUAAAUGCCAUUAUAAUCCCUUUUAUAUUAUAUGGGUUACCCAUUCUCUUUUAAAUUGCGUUAUCUUAUUUUGGCAAUAAAUCUAUGACAUUUUGGUGUGCUUACCAGGAAUGCUGAAUUUGGUGGACCUUGCUGGGAGUGAAAGGAUCAAAGAUUCAGGCUCAGAGGGUCAAAGAUUGGUUGAGGCGCAAGCAAUCAAUAAAAGCCUUAGUCACCUAAGUGAUGUCAUCAUGGCUUUAGGCAAGAAGGUAAUAUAUUAAUGAUGAGGGUUAUUAUUCUUGAAUCUUCAAACGAAUUCCUGCCUGUGGCCUCACUUCCUUUUCUAAUCCAGAUCAGACCUGUUUGUUCUUACAAUAUUGGCGUACAAUGUAUGAUUUUAAAUGUCUUUUAUGUUUUAACGCCAAGACCUGACUACGAUUUUAGUUUCAUCUGGCGUAACGAGUUAAUUAUUAUUUUAGUUAAGUAAUUAGUUAAGGACUCCGAUUGUAAAAUAGUGAGAUCUUUGUGUUUUUCAUUGUUUUUUAAUAGAAAAAGACAUGAUAUUCCUGAAAUUUGGUAAAAGCCUAUGACGGGGGAUGUGAAGGGUAUAACUGUGACUUAAAGUUAAAGAAAAGAGCUACAUAAGACAUAAACUAUAGAAAUGAAUGUGUUAAAAUGGCUGUUGCUUUAUAUUUGCCUCGGCAUGUUCAGAUAUUAUCUUAUAAGUUUACUGUACAGAUGGGAUCUAAACUAACUAACUGAUCAUUAACUUUUCAGGACAAGCACAUACCUUACCGCAACUCUAAGCUGACGUACCUGUUGCAAAACUCGCUGGGCGGUAACAGUAAGACGUUAAUGUUCGUCAAUGUGUCCCCUAAAGAAGAAUGCCUCGCCGAAACUCUCAACUCACUCAGAUUUGCCACUAAGGUA